UCUCGUCGAUUCUGGCUGGACAGUAAUUCAGCGUCGUCAGGACGGAUCUGUGGACUUCAAUCGCCCAAUGCGAGAUUAUCGCAAGGAGAAUUCUUUCUUGGCCUUGACAAGCUGCAUUUAUUGACGAAAUCACGAAAACACGAAUUGUACCUUUAGAAGAAGAGCUAUGGGGACUAUGUAGGAUAUGCGCGAUAUAGUCACUUCCUCAUUGGAGGAGAGGAGGAAAAUUUCAAACUAAAAUCAUUGGGAACAUAUUCUGGCAAUGCAGGCGAUGUAAUGGGUAAUAAUCUUAAUAUGGAAUUCUCAACGUAUGAUGCAGAUCGCGAUAAUAACCAACGUUUCAAUUGCGCAACUAAUUAUCAUUCCGGUUGGUGGUUUAACAAUUGUGGUUUUAU